ACUGGAUGUGUGCUAAUAUAGUAAAGCAUUAUCAUGAUAAUCUAGAACGAAAAGAUUGGGAAUAUGUAGUUGAUAAAGUAAAGAAGGAUCUUCGAUACAUCACAACUUCAGAUUCCAGAUUUAGCGUCAUGCACAAAAGAAAAUCUCAAGAAAUUCUAGACUCCUGA